CUUCUCUCCUUCUUUCUCUUCUCUUCCUUUCUCACUUUAAACAAACACUCUACUCCUCCACUAGUCCACUCAACACGACCGUCCCAAUUCAUCAUCGUUUUCAUCAAACAGAUGAUGUUUCUAAUUCUAACUUAUAAUAAUUAUAAUCAAUCAAUCAACCAAAUCUAAUCUUAAUAAUAAUCUAAAAUAAAACAAUGAAACACGACUUACUUUCUUUCUUCUUCCUCUGGUGGUGCAGCUGCUGUAUCGUCAUCAUAUGCGAAUGUAAAUAUAUGAUAUAUAAUACAUCUCAAAAUAUUGAAGCUAACAAACUCAACGUCCAUUUAGUACCUCAUUCUCAUGAUGACGUCGGCUGGCUUAAAACCGUUGAUCAGUACUACACUGGUGCCAAUAAUACUAUUCGAGGCGCGUGUGUUCAAAACGUAUUAGAUUCUGUGAUUCAAGCCUUACUUGAUGACAAAAAUCGCAAGUUCAUCUAUGUUGAAAUUGCGUUUUUCGAGAGAUGGUGGAACCAGCAGAGCGAAUUGCUUCAGAGUAAAGUUAAGAAGCUGGUCAAUGAUGGUCAGCUCGAGUUUAUAAAUGGGGGAAUGUGUAUGCACGAUGAAGCAACGCCACAUUAUAUAGAUUUGAUUGACCAGACAACUUUGGGACACAUGUUUAUACUGAAACACUUUGGUCAAAAGCCGAGAGUUGGUUGGCAGAUUGAUCCUUUUGGUCACUCUGCUGUUCAGGCUUACUUGUUGGGUGCUGAGGUGGGUUUUGACUCACUAUUCUUUGCUAGGAUGGAUUAUCAAGAUAGGGAAAAGCGGAAAAAUGAGAAGACGCUUGAGAUUGUAUGGCAGGGUUCCAAGUCUCUUGGUUCAUCUUCGCAGAUAUUUACAGGUAUAAUGCCGAGGCAUUAUGACCCCCCUGAUGGUUUCACUUUUGAAAUUAAUGAUGUAUCUCCUCCAAUCCAGGACGAUGAACUUCUCUUUGACUACAAUGUUCAGCAGCGGGUUGAUGAUUUUGUAGCUGCUGCCAUGGCUCAGGCUAAUGUAACAAGAACAAAUCAUGUAAUGUGGGCAAUGGGAACUGAUUUCCGAUAUCAAUAUGCACUUUCAUGGUUCAGGCAGAUGGACAAAUUCAUACAUUAUGUUAACCUGGAUGGGCGUGUGAAUGCACUAUAUUCUACCCCAUCCAUUUAUACAGAUGCAAAACAUGCAGCUAAUGAAAUAUGGCCUCUGAAAACCGAUGACUUCUUCCCAUAUGCAGAUAAAGCUAAUACAUAUUGGACAGGAUACUUUACCAGCAGGCCAACUUUUAAAGGUUAUGUUAGGACAAUGAGCGCUUACUAUUUGGCAGCGAGGCAGUUGGAAUUUUACAAGGGCAGGAACAGCUCUGGACCUAAUACAGAUGCCCUGGCCAAUGCUCUUGCAAUUGCUCAACAUCAUGAUGCCGUUAGUGGUACCCAAAGGCAACACGUGGCUGCUGAUUAUGCAUUGCGUAUCUCAAAGGGCUAUGCAGAGGCUUCUGAAGUAGUUACUUCGUCAUUAGCAUACCUAACAGCUAUAAAAUCAGGAUCCGACUAUGAACAAUCAGUUGGCGUGUUCCAGGAGUGUCCUCUGCUUAACAUAAGUUAUUGUCCACCAUCAGAAGCUGCCUUGGCUGAUGGAAAAAGUCUGGUGGUAGUUCUCUACAACCCCUUAGGAUGGAAGAGAGAAGAAGUGGUCCGAAUUCCUGUUUCCUCCACCGAAUUAGUUGUAAUAGAUUCAGCUGGAAAAGAAAUUGAAUCACAGCUUCUUCCCAUUUUCAAUAUCUCUUUAAACACAAGGAACUACCAUGUGAAAGCAUAUCUUGGUAAAUCCCCUAGCAGUACACCCCAAUACUGGCUUGGAUUUACAGCAUCUGUACCACCUAUUGGAUUCAGCACCUACAUUAUCUCAAAGGCAGAAAACUCAGCAGACACAAGCUCAACAAUGUCGACUGUGUGGACUUCAGACAGUAAUAGUGAUGAAAAUGUAGUAGUCGGUGGAGGAAAUUUGAAACUGCAAUAUGCUUCAGAUGAGGGCAAGCUUACGCGCUACAUUAAUAAGAGAAGCUUGGUUGAAGAAUCAAUGGAACACUCAUUUAGCUACUAUUCUGGGCAUAAUAGCACUAAUCAGGCCUCGGGAGCUUAUAUCUUCCGUCCUAAUGGUAAAUAUCCAAUAAAAUCUGAAGGCCAGAAAGCUUUUGCUAUUAUAAGGGGUCCCCUGAUGGAUGAAGUGCACCAAGAGCUCAACUCCUGGAUAUAUCAGGUCACCCGUGUAUACAAGGAGAAAGAACAUGCUGAAGUCGAGUUCACUAUUGGACCAAUCCCAGUAGAUGAUGGUGUUGGGAAAGAAAUAAUAGCCCAGAUCACAACUUCAUUCAAGACAAACAAGACAUUAUAUACUGAUUCUAAUGGGAGAGACUUCAUUAAAAGGGUUCGUGAUUUCAGAACAGAUUGGGACCUGCAAGUAAACGAACCAGUUGCUGGGAAUUAUUACCCAGUAAACCUUGGAGCUUAUGUUGAGGAUGAAAGUAUGGAGCUAUCAGUAUUGGUAGAUCGUGCAGUAGGUGGCUCGAGUUUAGUAGAUGGUCAAAUAGAGCUAAUGCUCCAUAGGAGGCUAUUAUAUGAUGAUGUAAAAGGUGUCGGUGAGGUCCUAAAUGAGACGAUAUGUGUUCAAGAUGAUUGCAAGGGCUUGGUGGUCCAGGGAAAGUAUUAUAUUAGAAUUGAUCCCAAAGGAGAUGGAGCCAAGUGGCGUAGGACAUUUGGUCAAGAAAUUUAUUCUCCUUUACUUCUAGCAUUUGCAGAACAGAAUGGAGAUGAUUGGAAAAAUUCUCUUGUCUCAUCCUUCUCAAUGAUUGAUGAAUCCUAUAGCUUGCCAGACAAUGUAGCAGUUAUAACUCUACAGGAGCUUGAAAAUGGGAAAGUACUCCUUCGUUUGGCUCAUCUAUAUGAGGUGGGGGAAGACAAAGAUUAUUCUGAAAUGGCAAGUGUUGAGCUGAAAAUGCUGUUCCCAAAUAGAAAGAUAAGCAAGGUGACGGAAAUGAAUCUAUCUGGUAAUCAAGAACGAGAGGAAAUGGAGAAUAAGAGGUUAAACUGGAAAGUUAAAGAUUCAUCAGAAGCCAAGAUCGUGAGGGGAGGUACUGUUGAUCCUGACAAACUAGUUGUGGAACUUGGACCCAUGGAAAUCCGAACAUUCUUCAUCGACUUAAAUUAUCUUAGGAUGUUUGGUUCUGAACAAUGAGAUGCAAAUUGUGUGAUUUGGACUGUCUUAACUAGUUUGUUUUGUUUUGUUUGCUCUUCUUUUCGUUCAUCCACUGGGAUUAACAAUGUGUCCAUGUACUGGUGAUGUUUGGGAAUUCAAGAAAUGAAAGAAGUGCAACAAUCAAAA